AUGGGCCGACAAACCGUGCUAGCACUUUGUAAAUUCAACACCUACCCCUUCAAAGAAAAUGAAUACCAUCGUGUUGAGCUCCUUAACCGUGCGCCCUACGGCCCCAUGAGGUUCUUAUCUGCCAGAGAGACGGAUUCCGAUUACUCGGGGUUCACCAGUGUAAUUGUUUUCCAGCGUGAGCACGAGGGACCUCUGACGAUUGAGACGCCCAUCCUGGAGGUAUUCGUUACUGGAGAUGCCGCAUACAAUAUUCACGCACAGCUGCAUGGUCAGAAGGAGAAUCGCCCGGUAGUGCACGACCUCAUGUUCAACCUGCUUGCGCGUGCGGCUGAGAUGCAGCCUGGCCAGUGGCAGCUGCUGCGGGUGGCCAUUGUGGCGUUGAAGGACGACCUCUUCGUGGGCCGCCUGUUUUUCGGGGACGCGGCCACUGGCACUGUUUGCUGGGACUGCGACUGCCGGCCAUCUGACGGCGUGUACCUUAGCCUGCGGACUCAAUGCCCAAUCUACGUGGCGCGCUCAGUGUGGGAGGAGGCGGCCGCACCGCUGCGGCUGUCCAAGGUGCACAUGCUCGCAGUAAAGGACGACUUGAUGGCUAAGGAGCAGCAACAGCAGCAGCAUGAGCAGAUGCAGGCGAGCCAGCACCAAACACAAGCGCAAGGCGGUGCCUCCGGCGCCGCGACAGCGGCCAUGAAGUCCAACAGCGGGUGCAAAGGCGCUAGUGCAGGUGGCGGCGGCGCCUCCAGCUCGUCCCCUUACGACUUCACGGCUAUUAAGCUCGAUGACAUCGAGGACAUCAAGCUACUCAAGCGCGAACUGGCCAUCGCCCUUCAGGAGGAGGAUUACGCCGCUGCCGCUCGACUGCGGGACCACCCUUAUAUGCAGUUGUACCGCCGUAUCGAGGCCUUCCGAUUAUUGGGCAGGGCGAGCGACGCGGAGGCUCUGCAGCGAGAGCUUGCAACCAUGAUUACACGGAAUAACGCUGGUGUAGCAUAAGCUAAGUACGGACGCUGCAUGGCUAUAAGCUCCCGAAAGCAUCACAUUGGAGAAUUGGGACAUUGCACGGGUCCUUUGCACAGUUCGUUUGGUCGCUUACAAUAACGCUGUGUGUACCGCACAUCUGGUUUGACCGGUCCCUUACCCAGGGGGCCCGGUAUGCAAUGGGUGGCAGCUUGUAGAUAUCCAAGGGUGUUAAGGCAGGGACGUGUAUAUGACCAGGCAAUGGAUAAAUGCGCGACUACAUGGACCUUCAGCAGGGCUGUCCUUAAUUAAUCAGCAUCCCAUAUUUUCCAAAAUGCUUGCACUCAUUGCAAUCCACAUAACAUUUUAUGUUCGUAUUAUGGCAUGGUGCAACAUAUGGCUGCAUUGCAGUAGUAGCACACGCGGGUUGCAUUAUCGCCGAAAGCGAGCCAUCCGUAGUCAUUACAAAACACCCUUCGGCAGCCGUAGCUUGCCGCUCUGUGCAGAGGUCUUCUUUAGUGGCUUAACGCGGAGAACGCCGUUCUUGAAGGAAGGUCCCGCCUCCAUUAGACCUCGGUCGCGGUUCUUGGCUGUGGGCAGGCGUUGAAGAACAUUUGGUUCAGGAUGUGUAGAUAGGUAUCUGUCCAGUAGUCACAAUACUAGGCAGGAAGAUUGGUAGAUCAUGCAUUAGUAAUUGAUUCCAGGCAUUUGGUAAUAUGUUGAUUUGGUGAUAUAACUGUGCAUGUCCAGAAUUUAAGAACGUACCUUUC